CCUCGCGCAGUGCGUCCAGUGCGCGUCGCCGAGAGGGACUCGAGGACGCCGCGUGUCCGGUCCGAGCACGUGAGGUCGUCGUUGCGUCUCGCGAGUGCCUGCCCUACGGACCCAGGACCCCAGGAGCUACCCAGAGAGGAGGAGACUUCCUGCAUGGCAUUCGCCGAGGGGUGCGGAAAGAUGCCGCGGGGGGAGCCGAAGGGAUCCGACCAGGUGAUCGCCCAUCAGGGUCGAGAAGCGGCCAACUGAGAGUCCCAGCUCCUCUCGGCAAGAUGCUGGGAGUCAGUCAGCCCGGCAACCCGCCGUCGAGUCUGCGCCACUCGGCGAGUUUCUCCUGUCUGCAGCGAGGUUCCUUGGACGGGCCCCGAUCGCGGACGUCGACGCUCCCGCAGCAGGCAAACCCUCAGCUGAGCUCGCAGCAGGCUGAGCCGCAGCACCAGGUCUCUCCCAGCAGCAGCACGGGAGGCCCCUCGCACAGAUACGAGCAGGACUCGAACGACUACGGGUUCGUGUGCGUGCGUCCGCGGCUGCGCAGUACCACGGCGGUGUUGCGAGAGGAGGAGCAACAAAGGCACCAGCAAUACUCCGCGACGAAGAGCGUCUACAGGGACAGAGAGAGAGAGGGGUCGGCAGCGCUGAGCGACCUGGAGAGCAGUUCCAGUUUCCGGGAGCCGAAAAAGGAGGAGAAGGUUAGGGAGGGGAAGAAGCAGAAUCUUCUACAAGGGGCCUCUACCUUGUUGACGGCCUCGACGAGUUCCUGGUGGAAGGCCCGACAGAGAGAGGAGGUGGGCUCCGGAGGGUCCAGCGAGCGGAAGAAGGUUAGGGAGGGGAAGAACCAGAAUCUGCUGCAAGGGGCCUCAACCUUGUUGACGGCCUCUACGAGUUCCUGGUGGAAGGCCCGACAGAGAGAGGAGUUGGGGUCCAGAGGGUCCAGCGAGCGGAAGUGGUCCUCUCCCUCGAACGAGCGGAAGUCGGCCGGGUUAUCUGGAGGAGGUGGGUCGGUCGGGUCGGUCGGGACCUCGGGGACCCCCCAGGACUCCGCCGAGUGGAGGUCCCUGGGGUAUGAACUUCGGAUUCUCCUGACCAAUGAGACCCCUACCCAGAACAAUCCCAGCAACAAUCAGGCCUCGUUCUCUCCCAGUGCUCGCGCAUCCAUGAUCGAGACUGCGGACGGGGCCUCGGAGGGUAAGGCCCACUACCCCCCUGCGACCUCGUACUCCGCCAGGGUGCUGCGAACCAGUCGCAGCUUCUUUCGGGAGGGUGGGGCCGAGUUCCCGGCCCAGGUGAACAAGGUGCGGAGGAUGCUGUACCGGGACGAAGGAGAGGCUCCAACGGGCCCCGCGGAGGCAGCCGGGGAGGCCGCAGGACCCCCCAGGGAUGCCACCUCCGGGUCGGGCACCAAGACCCGCUAUGGACCACCCACCUCCUACUCGGCUAGGACCUCCAGGACUGGUCGGGCCCUUUUUACCGAGGCUGGGCCCGAGUCUUCCUCCAGGAUCGGGGAAACCAGACGCAGACUCUAUCGCGAGGACGGGGACGCCGCCGAGAGCGAGGGUCCUCCCGACGAUGCCUCCACCAGAGAGGUUAGGGCCGAUCAGGCCCCGCAGGACUGCACCUGGGUCCCUGCUGCCACCAGGUCGAGUCGGGCCCAGAGCUUUUACUUGCUGGACGACUUCCUGAAACCCCAGCCGCAAAAGUGCGCCGCCAAUCAGUAUCUCACCUCCCUGUAUUCGAGAGUUGUCGGUGAGACCCAGAGGUCGGAGGUCAAGCAGGCCCCUGGAGUCUCUAUGGGGUCCCAGCAGCGCGGAAACGCCACCCCUCCUCGGAGACACAACUCCAGCUCCGAUAGCCUCGAGGUCGCCACCAGCCCCCUGCCUCCACCUGUCCCCCCACCGCCCCCACAGGUGGGGCAUCGCGAAAGAGACAGAGAUGGCCCGAGAGAGAAGGAGAGCUGCCCCUGCAGGAUGUGCUGGACCGCUCUUCAGCAGAGGGCCUAUCCUGAAGAGGUGAGUUCAAAGCAUGCCUUGGAUGAUAAACUUUUACGGAAAAAAGGAUCCAGGGUCAUUUGGCCCGGUGGACCUGGAUUUUUCUUACCAGAGGACCUGAAGGAACCUCAACCCAGGAUGGUGGACGAUUGGACCAGUGAAUAG